UUGAAAAUCUUAUUAAUAACAUAACUUGAAGCCCAAGAAAGUUCUCUAUUCUCCUAUAUAUUGGCCGCUAUAUCUCCUUUCUUCAAAGAAUACCUUCUUCUCCAUUAGAAAACAACAUGUCGUCUCAGGAUGCAUCUGCUCAAAAAAAUUGCGCAAUCUGCUGGAGUAACGUGACAACAGGGCAAGGCCAAGCCAUCUUCACUGCUGAGUGCUCACACUCCUUCCACUACCCUUGCAUUGCCAACAAUGUCCAGCAUGGAAAUCUUUGCUGCCCCAUCUGCCGAGCAAAAUGGGAUAAGAAUAAUGUUCCUUUCCAAGUUCCCCCGCUUCAACAAAACAACUUGGGUGCACAUGGCUUCGCUGAUGAUGAACCUCUCCCGUUCACCUCACCGGCUCAAUCUUCUGUCCCCCAGAAUGUCACAAUCAAAACUCAUACAGAGACCUCUGCUAUCCCUGCUGCCGAUUCACGCCCACAAUAUCCUGUUCUAGUCAGCAUCUGUGCACCACCCCUUCAGGAUCCUGAUGGCGAAGUCCGUACACCGAUUGACCUUGUAACAGUUCUAGACGUAAGUGGCAGCAUGCAGGGCCAAAAGCUUCACCUUGUCAAGCAAGCUAUCAAAUUUGUCAUAGAAAACAUGGGGUCUUCAGAUAGACUUUCUAUAGUUUCAUUCUCAACAAAUUCUAGAAGAGUCCUUCCUCUUCGAAGAAUGACCGUUGAUGGCCGUGAAAGUGCAAUUGAAGCUGUCGAAUCUCUUGUAGCAGGUGGUGGAACUGACAUUGCAGAAGGACUCAAAAAAGGAACACAAGUCCUUGAAGAUCGGAGGCAAAGGAACCCAGUUGCUAGCAUCAUUCUCUUAUCCGAUGGCCAAGAUAACUACUGUCGAAGCCCAAGCCAAAUGUUGAAGAAAUUGCCUGCUUCAAUUCGUUCCAGCGACAUGCAACAUGAAAUCCCUGUCCACACAUUUGGGUUCGGCAACGACCAUGAUGCAAAGAUUAUGCAUGCUAUAUCUGAGGAAUCCCGGGGCACCUUUUCAUACAUUGAAUCAGUUGGCAUGAUACAAGACGCCUUUGCUCUGUGCAUUGGUGGUCUUCUCAGUGUUGUGGCUCAGGAACUUCGCCUCACAGUGAGGUCGGCAUCACAUGGAGCGAAGAUUGUAUCAAUACCAUCAGGGAGAUAUGUGAGUCAGAUUUCUGAUGACGGCUCGCAAGGUUUAGUUGAUAUUGGAAAUAUGUACGCAGAAGAGGUGAAACAAUUUCUGGUGUAUCUCUUAGUUCCACAAUCCUCAGCUUCAGAGACUAAGACAUCAUUGGUGGACGUCUUAUGCGUGUACAGAGAUCUAGCUUCAAAUGAGUUUAUCCAGCUCCAAAGUGGGAGAGUAGAGAUAUCAAGACCACAGUUUUGUUCUCCUACAGAAUUGGCAGUGUGUUUGGAGGUUGAUCGCCAGCGGAACAGACUUUUGGUGGCUGAUGCUAUUGGAGAGGCUCAACGCUUGGCUGAAAUGGGAAAUUUGGAGGGUGCACGCGAAAUUUUGACUCAACGAAGAGAAACUCUCUUAGCAUCAGCAGCAGCCAAAGCUGGGGAUAGUCUCAGUAAUAUGUUUGAAACUGAGCUUAAAGAAAUCAGGGAUAAAAUGGCAAGUAUGAAGUUGUACGAAGAGGCGGGGCGUGCUUAUGCUCUGGCUGGAAUGAGUUCACAUUCACGCCAGAGGGCCUCUGCUAGGGGUAACGCAGAAGGCUCGUGCCUGGCCAUGAAGGGUCGCAAACAACUUGCUACAAAAGCAGCGGGUCGUGCUUCCGGGGGUCGCGGUGUAGCAGUGACUCUUGCUGCCGGGGGUUUUGGUGGCAAGGGUGGUCCCAAAGGCAAACGCUCUGCAAUGGAUCACUUAGUGGCUGCUAUGGGAGACUCUGAUGAAGAUGAUGAUAUGGGCUUUGCUUUAUGUGACGGAGGUUCAUUUGACGGAGGCAAUGAUGUCCAUCGAGGUGCUUUUGAAACACCAGCAAUGGUAAGAAUGGUACAGAAAUCACAGCAGAAGAAUCAAUCUAAAUAAGUCCAAGCUCUGGUCGUUUUGGCAUUAUACUCGAUUUUGAGAGUAUUAGCCUUGGGGCUACUUCUUGGUUCAAACCAUGAUUUGUUUUUGUUUUCCAGCUUAUUAUAGACUGAAUUCAUUGGGAUUAUUAAUAUUAAUAUUACUA